UUAUUUUGUUCUUUUUCAAUAGAUAUGAAGACAUCCUUGCAGUGGAACUUCCUUCUCGAAAGCAUUUUUAAGCUUUGGAAGCUCCAACUCAACACAGGCAUAACAGUGUAGGAUGGCUCGCCUCUGAUGAGGAUCGGAAUGAGGAUCCACAACGUGGAACACAUCAAGUGACCGGCGAAGAUGUAACGCUGCGUUGAAACGAAACUCAACGACACCAAUAAAUCCCAACAUAAAUAGACGAUGUGUGAACGAUAAAUGGAGAUGGACCACACUAGCCGGACGAGCAUUCCAAUUAGAUUGUUUUGCAAAAAUAACCUAAAGCGGGCGCCAUGUGUGUUUCUCACAGUUGGCAUCGGCGCAGUCGGUGUGAAGGAGUCCUUGCUUUUGUGAUGUCUGUCUUAUCAAAAUGGCUCCGAAAUUUGACCCAGGAUCAUGUUCGAAACCUGAGCCAUCACCAGCACCAAGCUGUCUGGAUCUCCUGAGCGCCCACCUGUGUGUGUGCAAGACAUGCACAUGUGGAACACACAAGUGCGUACCUGCAUUGACCUCCAAGUUUCAGCCGCUUGACAUCAAACCCACGGAUAUUCGCAUGCAUGGUAUCACAGAGUACAUUGACAAAUACCAUGAAAUUAAAUCUGGCUCUGACCGGAAUGUCAAAGAUAAUGCUUCUCUUCUUGGGUGCUACCCUCUAGGUUUGGCGCACAGUGGACCUGUGAACACUGAGUUCGCCGAAAAGUUUGAGAAGAAGCCCAUAUUCCCCGCAAAGCUGUGGGUUCCCAAGACAUCACAGAAGGUGGGGCCAACGUUCUCCGGUCAGACAGUUUACGGUGCUUCCUACAAGAAAUGGGCAUCUGAACCUCGAUAUGCAUUCAAACCACCUGGGUUCAUUCCGAACACGGAACAAUUUGAUGACAGAACUACUUAUGGUACUCACUUCAAAGACCGGUCGAAGCCCGAGAAGCCACGACGGAAGUUAGAGCACUGGCCACACAACUACACUCCUUGUGAAGUUUGUCAUCCAAUAGUAUCUGGUGCCUUCAAGACGAAAGAGGAGGAUAUCAGAGUAGUGAACACAAAAGGAGCUCACCUUGAUGGUAGAACAACAUAUAAUCACUUCCACUACAAUCCAGGGAAGUCACAAGUCACCAGAAGUAUGAAGCUCACACGUUGGGGACCAAAAGUGGAGCCUUUAGACGGGAGCACAACUUACUCGGCAAUGUUUCGACGACCUCCAAACAAGGAUAAGAUCUUGUGCCCAGUCAUGAUGCGGCCCAUGCCAACAAACAGUCAAUAAUCACCAAUGCUAUCCGUAGCAACAAAAUUCUUCACAACCCUAAAGCUGAUACUGAGUAUAGGAAUUAGAAAAUAGGGGUGGGUUGCUACAUUAACUACAAAUUUGAGUGAGUUUGUAAGCAUUGACGAGAAUCAAGCUCCUGGCUGGAUUUCGAGACAUGAAAAUUCAAUUAUUCAAAGUAAUUUUAGUCAGUGCAUCUUCACAUGUCCACGCAACGACCCCAAAUGCCAAAUGUCGACGAGGAACCUAUCGUUGGCUUUGGGGACUUCUUGGUGAUGGAAGUUCACCGAGUAGGCAUAAUUGUAGAUGCGGCAGUCACAAACUCGGAUUAUGCAGACUUACAUUGAUAAGUUAAUUUUCCCCACAAAAACAAUGUCCAGGAGAGAAUCAGUACUAACAAAACAUUGGUUCGUUGCUACAGUUACACCUAGAACUAUGGACGCAUUCAGCAGCCAACAAAAAAAUUGCAAAUUUCAUGCACACGUUUGCGUGAUUUUGAAUCAGAGAAGAUCUUUAUUAA